AUGAUGCACAUCCAUCAGCACCUGCUACCGCGUACAAGUCCUGGCUCGGAGCGGAGGUGCUGGCCAUGUCGAUAGAUAUGGAAAUAAGUUAUACAGGUCUGGCAAGUUGAAACAAGUUUGAAAGAAAUGCUUCAAGGAUGCUCCUUGAAGGAGUUUCGGUUCAAAGUGCUGCGCCAGGAAGCGCCAGACUCUGGGCCGCCACUUCCGCGCAGGUCAUUCUGGUCACAGAUGCUUGCCUUCUACCUCCACCGGUAUACUUUGAUCUAUCUCUCUUUCUGCUCUCAUGGCCUCCACGGAGGUUGCUGUUGACAUUCAGUCUAGGAUACACGCAUUCGAGGCUCUCUCCAGUUGCACCUCGCCGAAAACUGCGGUCAAAUCAAGUCCGAACUUAUUGGAUGCACCCAAUUCGCCGACCUCGACGUCUUUCCGUCCUAUUGUGCCUUCCCCAACUAAUUCUAGUUUUAAGAAACCAGUCUCAAGGUCCCCUUCACCGUCUCCACCUAUUCUAGGUCGGAAAACGUCCUUGCUAGACCUGAAAGAUUGGGUACUGGAUGUCGGUCCAGUUUCUCAGGGUUCUCCUCCGAAGAGCCUAUCGAAGCCCAGUUCAGGAGAGCCUCAAGGUGCUCGUCCUCCCACUCGACAUGUGUCGGAUUCGAGCUGGCGUCUGCAUUCGUCAAGCACGCCUCUAAUCAACCUUGACACAACUACGCUUUCGAAAUCCACGGCGCCGCCGCUCCCACCUCGCAAGGCAUCAUACAGCUCAUUACGAUCUAUAUCGGUCUCAAAUUCUUCUACUUCGUCGCUGGCAAAAAGUCCAAAUGCAUUGCCGCUACCUUUACCUUCUCAGCCAAGUCGACGGAAGUCCGAUUCAUUGACUGUAGAUCAUCCAUAUGCACCCUUACUCGGCACGGCGACACCAAGAGCGGGACAUGUACCCGCAUCUUCUAUCUCAUCCUUCCACUCUGUGUCGCUGUCAUCCGAUGGUGGGACUGAUUGUACUACUCCGGGCUCAAUAUCAAAUUUUGUUGCGACAUAUCCCAUCGAUCGAGAUGAAGGACGUUUGGCAGGCGAUGGAGAGAAUGGGCACGAGCGAGACGACAUCAGUUUGGACGAUUCGUACGAAAAUGUCUCCGCGUCCGCCAUCAGUCCCUGUACUUCAUCCGUAUCACACGACUGGGGUGAGUACAUGAAACGUAGAGCGGAACCACCGAAGCUACCGCAGCGGCCAAAACCUCCAUUGAAGGUUAACUCAUCACCUACCACAACCAUUCGCUCAGAUCCGACCUCUCCUCGCAUUUCUCCACCGCUUUUAGUCAAACAUCCUCCACCCCCGCCCCCACCUCGCUCGCGUGGCCCGCCUCCGUCAAAUCGAAGUUCCCUUGCUUCCACAAUUGCAUCCGAUCGUUCGUCUAUCCUUAGCACCGCUACCUCCCGUACGAGCAUAUCCAGUGUACGCCCUAUGCUCUCUACGAAGCCGUCACCAAUAGCUAUUCCUCUGCAACGCCAAAUAUCCCGCCCAACACCUGUACCGCCUGCCGCGCGAAGGCGGUAUGAGGCCGUCUUCUGUGCGAAUGUCAUUUCCUGUCGUCGAGCGGAGGCUUCUGAACGUGCGAAGUCGCCGCCUCCGGGUCGUAAGUCGCGGCAGGCGGCAGGUUGGCGAGGGCUUUCCGUCGAUCUCAUAACGAAUCCGGAGGAGAAUCAGAGUAGUGAAGAGGCGGGUCCAGAGGUACUCGACCAGGAAGUUGGGAGCGAUGACAGAUUGGAUGGUAGGAUGAUAGCUAUGAUUUGGUCGGCGUCGAAGUUGGAUCGGUCGAAGCUUAAAGAGAUCUGGCACGAGUGCGAUCCUAAUAACGUAGGAAGUCUCGAUCGAGAUGCCUUUGUUCAAGGCAUGUGGAGGAUUGACGAGGAGCUUCGCAAAGCUCGUGCGAAGCCAAGUCUCUCUGCCCGGUAUCGUCAACCCACUAGUCAUUCUAUGUCAUUGUUGCUUUAAUGGACCUAUUCACUGAUAUGUUGUGUUGUAUACCCUUCAGCAUCUAUUUAGACUACAUACCCUUCAUCUUGGCCUUUGUUUAUUCACCAGUACUCUCCUGUAUUAUAUUAAUUACUUGACAAAUUCAGAUAUGUGUUGUAUGACACUAUGAAACUUGUGUAUGGAAUCUCUGAACAACAUCUCAAGUGUAUUCUAUACCAACACUGAUAUACCCAGUAAAUGAGAUUAAGAUAUUGCAAAUCAGUACUCUGCACUUCCUACAUCUGAAGUUUCAUCCAUGUCCACUUCAGGACUCUGCUCCCUUUCUUGUUCCUUCUGUUCAUUCAGCUUCUUCCAAUAAGAGACAAG